CAGUGAGCCCCGUUCUCGUAAUGAAGCUUCCUGAAGAUCUUGUGCGGCAAACACGCCGAAUUCGAAAUAUAGAACUCACACACUCUGAUCUCGAACCCCUAUUGUCCUCUGAUCGCAAGAAGAUUCCCGGAGUACUCAUUAAUGCAUACAGCGCGGUACUACAGGAUGGAGACGACAACCGUGACUACGUCGUAUUCAGCUCAUGGAUCGCUCCUCUCGCUACUGGCCAAGUUAGACCAAGUCCUGGACAUGGAUCUAUCGAGGGACACAUUCUUCAAGCGACAACAACUGGUGUUCCAGCGGAUGAACUCGUUGCACGUUUCCGCUGGGGAUUUCCACUAUGCGGAGGUAAUCCUCUACACUGGGUCUUGGGAUGGGUGGAUUUCAAAUUGAACGAAGUUGGAAUUUUCGACUCCAUUCCUGAAAUUGAGUCCAAGACCUGGGCUGAACCCAUGCUUCUCAGCGCUGCGAACACGGUGCUGAACUUUAUCGGCAGGCCAGCCCUCGAGUGGUCCAAACUUUUUUGGAAGCGAGUGUUGUACUCGCCGCCCUACAGACAGCGCCAAUUAGAUGCCUGGUCUUGCGGGCUGUUCGUGAUGAUGGCUGUGGACGCAUUUGGUCAGAAUUCCGGGUUUCACGAUACUGGAGAUGAAUAUAAACAUGUUAUGCGAGAAAAGGCAUUGCAGGUGCUUUUGGCAUUGCCUGUUGUCCGGACCACGAAGCAUUUACCUACAUCGGAAAAUGGUUCAGGCACAGAGUCAGGCGUUGAAAUCGUGGAUAGUCCAGUUGCACUGGCAGAUAGUUGCGUGUCGGAAAUUCCAGAUAGUGACCACAGACCGGACGAAGAAAAUACAAUCAACAUCAUUGACGCUACUGCUAAUGGUGACCCAGAGACUCACCAGUCAUGCAUAACGACUUCAAAACGCAAAUGGGCGCAGGAAAGCAGCAAUUAUGAUACAGAUACCGAGUCCCGUAAAUCUAGACGCUCGAAAGUUGCAUCCGCAACUCGAGGUGAAAGAACAACGGCAGCGCAAAGAGAGGCAGCCCUUCGAGAGGACAAAUGGAUUCUGGACGUUCAGCCACAUUCUGUCAAGUGUCGUGGUUGCAAUAGCUUGAUUGCAUUGAACCCCAAUCCAAACCGUCACUUCGAUCGAGCCAACUGGCAUCAGCAUCGUGAAAAGUGUUCGCAAAUUACCGGAACAAAAGUAGUUCGUGUUGUGGCCGUCAAGAUUGGUGAACAAAGCCAGAAACCCGCUGGAAGGUCGCUGUGUGACUACUUUAAAUCUGCAAACACAAAUAGUCGACUUGUCCGCAGUCCUGAAGAGUCUGAGAACUUGCCGGACAGUACCAGCAGCUUGGAAAAAUUGAAAACAACCUAUGUAACCAAAACAAUCAACGUCUCGAGAUCAAUUGCGCUUGUGUUUCCUUCUCAAAAUGUGCAGACUGGUCACCAGAAACAUAGCACUGCACCAAACACGUCUCGCGCUGCGCAGAAGGAAACACCUGCAACCAAAGUCUGUCAACACUUGCACGACUACGAGGAAUAUGUUCUACGUACGCAAACUCGAGAGCUUGGUGGCAUUUCUCCAUCGUUCCGUGCUCGCUCUGCACGACAACUAUUUCCAUACAAAGGCUUUCCACCCUUGAAAGGUGCAGCAUUGCAAGACCCAUUGCCGGAGGUACCUGAGCAUGGCAAUAAGCUUGCUCCAGAAAACAGCUGGACCGAGCACGAACAGGGCCGCUUCGAUGAAACACUGCAGGCUUGGGCACGAUGGGAGGUCAACUACACUGGUGGUUUUGAGGCGGAGGCAGUUUGCAAACAACUCAUGAAUAUCUCGGUCCCCAGUCUCAAUGGCAAGAUACCACUGUUGCUCGUACCUACAGGCAACUCUGUUCGUCGUAGGAUGGAAAACGAUGAGUUGGAUGGUGGAUUUAGCUCUGUAUCGGAGGCAGAUGGUUCGGAUAACGAAGGGACUUCCUUGCAAUGCACUGCGGGUGGCACAAAUAUCGAAAUCACUCUGUCAGCAGCGCAUGCAACAGCGCGUUACUCAGCCUUAUGCGAGGACUACGACACCUUGUUGUCGGAGACCACAGCAGACAUGCCCACGAAGUUCACCACAACUACUUCUCCGACGGACUUGGAUAGCACCGUUAUCGUGACAGAUCCUCAACCUUGUCUCGGUGUCUACUACUACAAGAGCUCCCUUCUGGACGACAGUGGGAAACUCUCAAUCCCCAUGAUGCUGGCUGCUCGCGAGCGCUGGCAAUCCACUACCAAGGUGCAUUCUGAGCGUGUCGUGCGCAUCAACCCCAAUCUUGCCCUUCAACGUUCGCACACUCCUUGGGUGUACCUAUCAGCCACCACCGAACCCUCGCGCUGUCGCCAAACUCCAUCUACAGUCCACAUAUCCUACCCCCGUCUUCUCCUACUGCUCAUUCCACCCACCACUAAGAGACUUCAACCAUCGUGGGAUGAGUUGCUCGAUCAUGGAGAUGAACAAUUCGAACUGUCCUUCCCACCCGUUCGUGGUGUCAAUCCUUCGCUCACGCUGAAGGCCACUGUUGUACAUGCUAGCGAUACUCGGGACGGCGCACUACUUGACGCGAGUGACCCA